GGUUCGGAGGUGCCGUCCGGACGACCUUUCAGCGCUUGCAAGCCUUUUGGCAUGCUCUAGAGCCGUAUACACCAAAGGCACCUUGCACGAGACAUGGUUCAAGUGGGUCCAUCGCACUGAUGAGGUGUAUGUAGCAAGGGCGAGGCGCGAAACGGUGCCUCAGCCUGGUGUUGUGCCUGAGAUUACCUCGUCGAUACGGGCGGCAGACCAGGGGCAGCGGCGGGAAGACAUCACUGGCCAGGAUGGCGGUCGUCCACGGUCCAGCUCCCCGGGAUAUCACAGGGUCUUGCAAUGGUGAGGCUGCCGCUCUGCUGGCCGAUGAGGACAUUGGUGGGCUGAAAGCGUUGGGAGGCACGAGUGUGGUGACGAUUGUUGUGGAUGCGACAUUGUCGUGUGAAUAGCCAUGGGUCUUGUCAUUGCCCUUGAUGGUCUUGUUCACGUCGCUCAUGGCUCAUCGCUGUCCACGCUGCCGUGGCCCUUGUCCCGAAUCUGCACCAUCUUGAGGUACGCUCCAGCGCAGGUCGGAGAUCUUCGGCGCCAUGCGUCCAUCCCGUGACGAGGCUUACUGCAGUACGAUUCAA